AAUGAAAGAGAGGGACAGGGGCGAAGACUUGGGGACAGAAGGGUGUGUGGUGGGGGAGAGAGUAAGCGGUGUAGGCAGAGAAACUCGUAGCGACAAGGCUUGCACCUACGUACGAAAGAAAUACAAUAUAAAGAGAAGACUAGAAAAGGGAACGGUUGUCUUAUAUUACUUUCAACAGGUUACCUUCUCUCAAAACUGCAAAAGUUUUGAAAUGAAUAGUAAUUUAGAACUAUCGAGUAUUGGUAGUAGGCAAUCCAGAGGCGGUUCUUUAUCAUCCGCUCAUAUGGAGCGUAGUCGUCCCGGUAGCGAAAAGAUAUUGAUUACAGAAGUAGAGGACACGAAUGAGGACGAUGAAACCUUAAGGAGACAACGUCUGGGAGAUUUAGUAGGUGACUCUCACGAUUAUUUAAAAUCUACAACAGACGAUCCCGAAAGCUACGAUACGGAUUUAGAAUACGAUGAUAAUGAAUUCUUAAACGACAAAAUCCAAUUUGAUCCAACUGGCAUAGCAGACUAUAUUCAACAAUGCAAUAAGCUAGGUGUCAUUCCGGUGUCAUAUUUCGUUAAACAUGUUCAUGAUAAAGAAUUCAUCAUGAGGAACCAUGGUCUCGGGCCAAAUGGUGCAAAAGCUAUAUCAAAGCCCCUUCAACUUAACACAGAAGUUGAAAAGAUCGAUCUUGAAGGCAAUCAAAUAGAAGGUGUCGGUUGUUUUUACCUUUGCAAGGCGUUGAGGGAUAAUAACUACGUUACAGAAUUAAUUUUAAGAGAAAAUCAGAUUGGAAGAGAGGGAGCUGAAGCUGUAUGCACGAUGUUAUCGAAUAAUAGUAUAAUAACAAGUCUGGAUCUUUCUGGUAACAAUUUAAAGGACACUGAAGGCGAAUUAUUCCAUAGCUUAUUAAUGAAUAAUAGCGUGAUUAGAAAAUUACUUUUACGUCAUAAUGAAUUGUCUGUAAAGUCGGCCAAAUAUUUUAAAGAGAUACUCUCAGAGAAUGAAACUUUGAGGGAACUAGAUCUUAGCUGGAAUCACUUUCGUACUCAAGGAGCUGUUUGGAUAGCUCAAGGCGUUAUGGAAAACUAUGGUCUAAAAUCUCUUUUAUUAGAAAUGAAUGGAUUCGGUUUAGAAGGUGCUGAAGCUAUGGGACAUGCUCUUAAACAUAAUCAGUCAUUAUCGUAUUUGGAAUUAAGUAACAAUAGAAUACCAGACGACGGUGCAAAAGCAAUUAUAAAAUCUUUACAAUCCAAUGAAAUUUUGGAAUUCUUAUCUCUUGGAUUUAAUCCAAUAACGGCGGAAGUUUGUGAUUUGUUACUAAAAUCCCUGCAGACAAAUGAAAAUUCACAUUUAGAAAAGAUUGAACUUCCGGGAGUUCUUGUUUCAGAAGAAUUUUCAGAAAAUUAUAAAAUAUUACAGCAAAAGAGAGAAAUUUUUAUUAAUCACGGAGGUGUUGUAGCCCAACGUAUAUCUGGAGAUUUUGAAAUUGAUUUAGAACAAGCCUAUCAUAAAGAUCCAAUGACUAAAUUACAAAAUUUUGCAAAAAAGAAGAAAUUUCGUCUUGUUGAUUUAUUUAGGCAAUUUGACAAAGAUUGUAGUUGGAGUGUUAGUCAUGAAGAAUUUCGUUUAGGAAUUAAAGCAUCUGGAAUUGAAAUGAGCGAAGCAGAUAUUUGCAAACUAUUAGAUAGGUUGGAUGCUGAUGGCGAUGGAGAAGUAGACUAUGGAGAAUUGUUAUUUGGAGACAGUGAGCAUAGAAAAUUUAAAAGAGACAUUGAAAAGACUAAACAGAAAGAAUUGUCUAAUUUAUCAACUAACAAAGACAAAUCAGCAGAACCUUAA